UCUAUAAACCUUGACUCGAACGCACGUGUUAUCUAAUUGUAGAACCGCCGUACUUUGGGCGCCGGUUUGGCCGGUACGAUUUCGUUUUCCCACGACCGUAUACCAGUGCCAGUCCACUAGAGUGCCUACUGCCCACUGGCGACUGGCUCCAGACUGCACUCUCCAGUGGUCAGAACCCGACCGCGACAAGCGACUGUCCAGACCAGACUAGGUUAGGACGGUCUUUUCCAUCGGAUUUCACGGCAAUGGAUGUGAUGGAGCACGACAGCGACUCUGAGCCCAGCGAAAUCAUGGAGCACGAGGGAUACACGUACGAGAAAAAGUGGACUGGCAACACCUGUGACGGAAACGGCAGCGACUGGAUGCUGUGGAAGUGCGUGGAACACGGUUGCGCUGGACAGAUUGCCACUGCCGCCGUCCGGACAAAGCGGUGGCGGCGGAAGCGGUUUGCUGUUCAACGGGACGUCGCCAGAAAUAGGCUGACCGCAUUCGUACCUCGGCGGCCACACAAUCACGAGCCUUCGACCGCGCACGGAAACUAUACUUCUGUACAGAUUGAGAAGGCGACUGCCAUAGUCAAACCGAGGUCGACUUCUACAAGCCCCACCGAAGCGUUAGAUGCCCCAAGUUGUAAAGAGUUGAAGACAAUUGAUUUUCAUCGGUCAGAAACAGAAUCAUCACUUUCGACUGCUGAUAUUGAAAAUAUUAAUUCCAAUAAUCUUGAUAAUGUGUCAAAAAGUAUGGAAACUGUUGAACCAACUGUGAAUACCUUUGAUGAUAGUAUGAAAAUGUCGAAUAUUAAUGAUACAAUGGAAUUACAAGCAGUCAAGCCUGUUAGUCUUAAUGAUCGUCAAACAAAUUCCGAAAAAAGAAGCUUAAAAGACAUAGGUAAUUCAAGUAUGUUCGUUCAAAAUACAAAUGAAGAAAUUCCGUGUCAUAUAUGUGGUACAUUUUUUAAUGUAUUUUAUUAUAAUCAACAUAUUCAAACCACCCGACACAUUAGUGCAUGUGAGGAAUAUUUUAAAGACCGUAUUGAUUUUGAAAAUUAUAGAAUAUUUUCCUGUUCCGUUCGUGAUAAUACAACAGAGUUUUUAAACUCUAUUGAACAAUAUUUCACUAUUUUAGUAAACCACAUACUUUUAGAGCACAGUGCACUUGUGGUAGAUGUUUUUUUUUUUGCACUUUAUCAUGAAGAUAGCUUAAAUGUAGAAAACAAAAAUAUUGCUGAAGUAAAGCAUUUUGAUGUAUAUAAUAAAGAAUUGACCAAAGACACUAAUGUAUGUGAGCUGUACAAGGAUAUCGUGAAAUCAUUUAUGUUUCAAAGUAAUGCAUUAAGUACAGCAGAAUCUAGUUGGACUCUGGAAGAAACACUUUAUGUCGAAAUAGGUAUAGCAAAAAAAUUGUUUGAAAAUGAAGUUGCAUCAAAACCACCUGUCGAGAUCAAUCAUAAUAAUGAUAUCAGCGACGAUCACAUUAACACCGAUAAUCUUCAAAAGACUGAACCCCUGCAGCUGAUUCGGUGUAAACUUUGUAGUAUAUAUGUAGUUCAACAAAAUUACAAGCAACAUUUAGAGACAACAGCACAUCAAAUUUCACUUUUUUAUUUAAAAAAUGAAAAAAUACAAAUAAAGGGAGUUCAAAGUGAUGGCGGUUUUUUAAGCUGUCGAAUACUCUCACCAAAAUAUGUUUCAAUUGAUGACUUUUUCCAAUCAAUUGAGUCUGAUGUCUUGGAGUUAAUUGUUAAAAUUAUACAAUUACAAAAUGAUGAACCUAUCAAUGUCAAAAUAAAAAUGUUUGGACUUUAUAAUCAUACCAAUUCUGAUAAUUUAGGUGAUGUUAAAUCUUUCGUGAUAAAAAACGAGAUUCUAUCUGGAGUUACAAUUUUGUUACAUUGGACUCAAAAAAUAUUAAAUACAUUCAAGUCCUACCAUCAACAGUAUUUAAAAUCCAUGCCUCAAUCCUAUUAUUUGGCACGUGUUAUGUUUUUAGACCUAUGUUUUUAUGAAAUGACUAAUAUUUAGUAGAUUUAACAUUGAAUGUUAUAUAUAAAGAAGUUAUGAUUGUUACAAUGUAUGUAAGAGUUAAACUUUUUAUUAUUAAAUUUAUUUUAAUGUUUUUAAUAGUUUGUAUGAACUUGACUGCUAAAAUAAUAAAAUAACUAUACCAAGAUA